AUGAGACGUCGAAACGCAUCGCAACGAUUCUCGCACAAGUCUGUAUUUCCUUCCAACGACUCCUGGUACAUCUCCAUCCCAACCCUGAGACUCUUUGGCACCUGUAACGGCACCCGAAACGGAAAGGUUUGGGAUGACCGAGGAGCUGGGCACCUGCGGUUCGACGGGGAGGGGAAAGGGGGAAGGACGGCCGCUCUGGGUUUCAUAUCGGAGCACAGCGUUAUCCACUCGUCCCUCUUCGAGCGCGUGCGGGAGUUCGAGGCUGACGGGUUGGCGGAGCUGGCGUGCAUGCAGGUAAAACGGGUCACCUUCCCCCCGGUAGGGGCUGGCGGCGCUACGGGACCGUUGACAGUAACCGUUGAAACGGCAAGCGGUGAGACUAGUGACACCACCUGCCGGCUGCUGGUGGCGGCGGACGGCGGCGACUCCAAGGCAAGAAACAGGCGUUUUUAUCUCAGGGGGCCUAAAUCAUUUGCCUCUAGUCUCCGUGGUUGCCGGCCACGCGUGGCCAAGAUGAUGGGGCUCUCUUCUUUCGGCUGGGGCUACGGCCAGCGGGCGGUGGUGGCAACGGUGAAACUGGCGGAGUCCCACGGUGAGGUUGCGUUUCAGCGGUACCUGUCGAGGGGGCCGUUGGCGAUGCUUCCCCUCCCGGGAGGAAAGCUGGCGUCGCUAGUGUGGUCGACUACACCCGUACACGCAGAGAGCCUAAAGUCGAUGUCUACCACGGAGUUCGUCAAGGAGGUGAACGACGCGUUGAGGCUUCCCCCGACCAUCGGCACUUCACCCUCGUCGUCGGCAGAGCCCGCGUCGUUCUCCGGAACGGUUCCUCCUUUCGCUGGCGACCACGGGCUUUUCGGACGUGUUUCGUCGCUUGCCGCGCUCCCGUUCGCGACGGCGAGUGCCCUAGGAGAAGGGUUCGCGAAGAGCGCGGAAGGCGUCGCGGGCGCUCUGGCGGGACUGUCACUCGGUCUGCAGGAGGGGGCAGGGGGUGGAGGGACAGGGGGGUUUUGUACCCCGCCUGAAGCCGUUGAGGUAGUGACCCCUCGACUUGGCUUUGACCUCUCCUUGAGGCAGGCGCACAGGUACACCGGUGCCAGGAUGGCUCUGGUUGGUGAUGCCGCUCACACGGUGCACCCCAUGGCUGGACAGGGGCUAAACCUGGGCAUUGCUGACGCGGACGCUCUCGCCCGCGCGGUGCUAGAAGGGCGCUUGUCAGGGACAGAUGUAGGGUCGACGACGUUGCUCGGGCAUUACGAACAGGAUCGGAAGACGGAGGCGUUGGUGAUGAUGGGCGCGUUAGACGUGCUGCACCGCCUGUUCGGCUCGGACGCCCGAGCCGUCGCCGCCGCGAGAAGCGCCGGGCUGAGCGCUCUGAACGCCGCGGGGCCGCUCAAGCGCCGCUUGGCACGCCACGCCAUGGGAGGGAAGUAGGUAGAUCCGCGCGGACGUCAGCGGGGGGGGGGGGGCUCGUCCUUGAGGCCAAUGAAAUAGUUGAAGAGCGUUUUUGAGGGGGGGACGUGUGAAUACUGUACGGCAUGAAUUGGUGGUACUUCAUGGGGGAAGCACGCCCAGGAGCACCUGUUGCGGAACAUGGUUUUGGAAGAUGCGUUGAUGCGUUGGUAGUGUGUACGACUGGAAGAUGGACUCAUGAUUCGGCGAGUCUCGCUCUUGCUUUUCAUCGUUCGAAGGAAUCUCAAAGGGCCAUGCGAAAGUUUGUUGUCGACGUUGCAGAGGGAAGGAAGGCGAAACAAGCGUGACGACCUCCCGCUAUUUGUCGUGGGAGCUUUGGACAGAACAGGCAGCCGAACUAUUAAUUAGAUCUCUCGAGCGAACAAACAUCCCGCGCGACGGAACUUCCGACAGGUUGGCCAGGC